CACCGCCGCACGCCGGGUGCCGCUGGGGGCUAACUCUGGAGCGGCGGCGGCUGCAGCUGGAGCCCGGAGCCCGCUCGCUCGCUCGCUCGCCGGCUCGCCGGGAACCGCCAGCGCUGGCGCGGGAGUCGGUCGCGUGGCCUGGCCAGCGUCGUCCCUCCUGCCCCGAGCUCCCCCCGCCUCCCCCCCCCCCGCCCCAACCGUGCUUCCUCUAGCGCCACCCGCAGCGGAUCAGACACGUUGGGGCCCCGAGGCUGAAGGUAAAACCCCCUCGGAAGGAACAUGAGGUUUCCCUGGACGUUAUUCAACAGGAAGAUAGAAGGAGCUGUUUAAAAGAGAUUCGAAACUUUAGACCGCAAGACUGGGGCCAGAGGGCUGGCAGUGGAAAACUCUGUUGGGUUGUGACCUGUCACUGAAAAGUCCCAGGUGCCUUUUUACUUCUUGCAAAAGAAAGGAAGAGAAAGAGAAGACCAUGUCCAUUGCUCUAAAGCAGGUUUUUAACAAGGACAAGACCUUCCGUCCCAAGAGGAAAUUUGAACCCGGGACUCAGAGGUUUGAGCUUCACAAACGGGCUCAGGCAUCCCUCAACUCAGGCGUGGAUCUGAAGGCAGCCGUGCAGCUGCCCAGCGGGGAAGACCAGAAUGACUGGGUGGCGGUGCAUGUGGUAGACUUUUUUAAUCGGAUCAACCUCAUCUAUGGCACCAUCUGUGAGUUCUGCACGGAGCACACCUGCCCUGUGAUGUCAGGAGGCCCCAAAUAUGAGUAUCGGUGGCAGGAUGAUCUUAAGUACAAGAAGCCUACGGCACUGCCAGCCCCCCAGUACAUGAACCUUCUUAUGGAUUGGAUUGAGGUCCAGAUCAACAAUGAGGACAUAUUUCCAACGUGUGUGGGUGUGCCCUUCCCAAAGAACUUCCUUCAGAUCUGCAAGAAGAUCCUUUGUCGCCUUUUCCGGGUCUUUGUCCAUGUCUACAUCCAUCACUUCGACCGGGUCAUUGUGAUGGGCGCAGAGGCCCACGUCAACACCUGCUACAAACACUUCUAUUACUUUGUCACAGAGAUGAACCUCAUAGACCGCAAGGAGCUAGAGCCCUUGAAAGAGAUGACCAGCAGGAUGUGUCACUAAUACCCCAUCUCACGCUUCGGAAGAAAGAGGAGAGCUGUUUCCUCCCGGAUUCCCAAGUGGGCAGGAGGGAGACCUUCGGGCGGAAGUGCCCCUUCUCCUACUGGGAGCAGGUGGAGACCAGCAGUGACUCCCGAGAGACAUUCCCCACUCAUUUCGUGUGCUCUUAACCCUCUGAGUGCUGCUAGCCACGAUCUGUGGGCCCGACUGGCCCCAGCGAGAGAGAGACACGGGCCGUGGGCUCAAAGGGAAGCCUUGGCACUUAGCCUGCAGGCACCCUUCUGCCUGCCACCUAAGCUUUACUGGAAUUCAGGUUUUGAGACUGAAAUACUUACCUGCCUUGUCAGGUGGCCGACUCCUGUAAUGUGUUUUUCUAAGUGCCGAAUGAAUUUUGGAGCUCUGGUUGUGCAGCAAGCUUUCCUAUAACAAGUCUUCUCUGUCUCUGGAAGCUUCCGCACCGACUGUGUGUUCUAACCUCCUUCCUUCAGGGCUGUGGCUCCAGAGAGACCCAAGACCCCACUUAGCAGGCUUUCUGGACAGGGACCAUACCAUGGGGUGACUUGUCGCUACCCCGAACAGGGUCUGCUAACUUGAUUGUUUUUUUUUUUUUAAUUAUUGCUAACUUGAUCUUAAUUCCAGGGCAGAUACUGGUUGCCAGCAUAAGUCUGAGUUGCCAGUUCACCCUCAACAGAGUGUGUGUGACAGUGUGUAUGUGUGUGUGUUUGUGUGUGUGUGUGUGUGUUUAAAAUAUAACCACACUCAUUCCAGUCUCUUCCAUUCAAGAUCAUUCUUCUGUUUUCUCAGAGGAGAAAUGACCAAGAAUGGUCAGCAGAAGCCCUGAGCCCAAUUAGUGCAGUGUUUGUUCUUUGUUUAAGGAUAGGGAGUCACGGCUGUCUCUGCAUAAAACUAAAAUUUCAGUGAAAAAGCAACAGUACAAUUGGUUGUUUGGUGCACACUGCUCAAUAGCCGAGCCUAUUGACUUGGAACCAGCCCAGCUGGCGGAGCUUCUGAAUCCAGUCAAUGUUUUCUUUCUUCUUCUCCCCCCUUUUUUCUCUUAGCCAUAUUAUAUUUGGGCACAGAAUUACUAUCAGCUCCUAUGAUUGUGCCACAGUUGCCAAGGUAACAGUAGCGCUUAAACUAACUUCCUUCCUUCCUUCCCAGUUUUUCUAUUCCAGUAGACAGACUAUCGCAUUCUGUGCUAUGUCUUGCCUUUUGAAACCUAAGUGAGUUUUAAUAGAAGAAAUGCUGCCUUCUCUGAUUCAUUCACGAAACUGUGGUGGUCCUAAGAGCCUGUGACGAGAGGGAAAUAAUACUCCCAGGGAUCAUUUGAACUUGAUUAAAAUAUCAGUUGGUGGAGGGAAGUAGAUAAGAAUGUAUUAGUGCAUUUUAAUGUGAUAUUGAUUAAAGUAUAACUAAGCAACUCUGAUUUUGUUUUAUUAUGUGGAAUGUGUUAGUUAAAUUGUGGGUGUAACAACAGUCUGGCAAACAUGAAAUUUUUCUUUGAGCGAACUAAGGAAAAAAGCUGAUGGUCUAAAUAUGGUGACUCUCUGCAUGGACCUAACCCAACAGGCUAACUGACCCUUGUCUGUGGAACCCAAAUGCUGCUACCUCUUUCCAUAUUGUUGCACUUCGGUCCACAGCAUGUAUAUAUAUUUUUACCCCCCCCCCAUUAUCCUCAUUUGAGAGGAUAAUAUUUUUCUCAGUAUCAUUUGUGACUAGAAGAAUAAUUAACUGUCCUAAAGAUUCAGAAAUAAAUGCCCCUAUUCUUGACAUAUGCAAUAUACAGCAAGCACCACUUGGAAGUGUUGAACAUGCAUGGUUGACAACAUGAGGCCCUUGCACGAGGAAGAACUCUGGCACUCUGACCCAUAGGAAACCACCAGAAUUUCACAUUAAAAACCUGGCUGUGCUCCUACAUUUCAAUAAUGCCUAGUCAAACAGGAUACUGAUCAGAUUUUAAAAUGCUUUUAGAGCUUAUUUUCUAUUCCCUAUUUAUGCAUCUGAACUUCCACUCAAUCCUAAAAAUCCAAAUAUUUUUUAAACUUCAUAAAAUAAUUUCCUCCUGGUAUUUUGUUGACUGGACUAAUCCACUCUUUGGGAUAACCUCUUCUUUUUUUUUUAAAAUUUAUUGACUCACCAUGAGAUAGAGCAUUACAAAUUUGUUAUGAUUGCAUUUCAGUCAUACAACGUUCUAACACCCAUUCCUCCACUAGUGUAAUUUUCCAGCACCAGUGUCCCCAGUUUCCCUCCCACUCCUUCAAGCCACUCCCCACCCCAGUCUGCCUCUAUGGCAGGCACCUCUCUUCUCUCUCUCUCUCUCUCUCUCUCUCUCUCUCUCUCUCUCUCUCUCUCUCUCUCUCUCUCUCUCUCUCUCUCUCUUUCUCUUUCUCAUUUUAGACAUUAUAAUUUGGGUUACAGAUGUUGAAAGGUUAUCAUCUAUAUCCCUUUACCUGCUUUCAACACUCGGCUCUUGUCCAGAGUGAUCAUUUCCAACUAGUAUUGUCAUAAUGAGACCUCCUCUAUCUUAACUAUCCUCCAUCCCCCACAAUAUUGACCAACAAUUGACCAGUCCUCCUGGCCCAUUUUACUUUGGAUAACUUCUUAAUUAAAAAAAAAAAAACACACUCUUGUUUAAUUACAGAAUAUUCCUAUUUGCACAGAACUCUGGAAAGUUCCAAACAAAAUCAUUGUAGGCAUUUUUAUCUCUUGGGCCUGACUACAUUAUAAAUAAGUCUCUUGCAAAUGAGGUCUUUCAGAUCCUGAAGUCCUUUCUUUAGACAUCUAUUGUUCUUAGGAUCUAAAAAAAUGAAACCCUGCUUUUUCCUCCUAACCAGAUAGGAUUGUUCGCUUCAUUUUCUAUUCCUUCUUUUUAGUUUUGAGAAAUUUCAAAGUAAAAAUUUCUGGAAGAUAAAAUGAACACCAAUAAACCUUUCACUUCUACACAAUUGUUAAUGUUUUCGAACUGUCAACAUAAGAACAUAAGUAUAUGUUCUUACUGCUUAAGAAUUUCAAAAUAGGUUGAAGAUGUUGUAAAACUUUAAGAUACUUUAUUAUCAUAGUCCUAAAAUGUCACUUGCCUCUUUUAUAUACCCCAUCCAAGACCUCAUCAAGUAUUACACAUGGCAUUUAGUUGUCUUUUUUGUAGAUUAAAGUUCUCAGUCUGUGUGUGUGUGUGUGUGUGUGUGUUGAGUGAAAGAGAGACAGACAGACAGAAAGACAGAGAGAAGAGUUCAGGGCAGUUUGUGUAUAGAAUGUCCCACAACCCGGAUUUUUCUUUUGAUUGUUUCCUCAUUAUAUUCAGGUUAAGCUUUGUUAGAACACUACACAUGGGAUGUUAGCAUAUAAUGCAUAGUUGUCUUUUUUUAAGGAUAUUAAAUUUGGCCAGGUGAGUUCAGGUGCUGUCAGCCUGAUUACUUUAUUAUAAAGGCCUAGAAUUCAUAAUAAAGAUAUGAAAUUUUUCAAGUACAUGAAUUUUAAAGAAUGAGUCUACAUAUAUAAACAUUUUUUCCUUGAUAUCCUCAGAAAUAUCCAAAACUUUCAAAAGAUUACAACUAUCAGUUUGGUAUAGCAGUGGCAAAGAAUUAAUAUUUCCCAUUUAACAGAGACAAGGGGGAAUGAGGAUAUGCAAAGCAAUAAAGGGCUGUGCAUGCACAAUUAUGCUUCCCAGUGAAAAUCUGCAUGGUCCCUGUAACCACAAUUCAAAUACAUAUAACUUUUCUUCCCAUCCUUAUUGAACUUGGAUUUAGAGCCUGGGUUUAUUUUAGGGAGCAUACAUUUUCAUUGAAGGAGAAUGCCCACAAACACAAAAUUUAUUUGGGUGACAAGGAUCUUAGAUACUAUAAUGUGACUAUAUCCCUUCAGAGGGUGACAGUCCAUAUAAAGAAAUGUGAAGUAUAUGAGUGCCACCAAAAUUUCAUGGUGUUAGGGAGAUGAUUAAGAAUAAAAUGUCUGAAAAGACUCCUUAGGGAGAUGAUAAUGUUUUUAACUGGUCAAGAAAUACUCAUCUAAAAAAUAAGAAAUACUCAUCUAGUAUCAGUUCUGGUUCUUACAUGAAUUCUCUCUUCCUGGUGUGUUUUUUAACUCUAGAGAGCCAGGACAAGUUAAAACAUAACAUAUAAGAUAACCUUAAUCUUCAGCUUCUUUAGAGUUCUCUUGCUGACAGAAUUCUCUUGGUAGUCUGCACCACCUAUUGCUAACAUUUCUGAGAGCUUGAAAUGAAUAGUUUCCAAAGCUUUCCCUGUGGCUGUGCAUCAUGGAUAUAACCAGCAUGCAUAAUUUCUUUUCUUUCUCUCUUGCAAUAGAAGAAAUGAUGCAUGCUUUCUCCAGAAAUUUUUCUUAAUAUUCAUAAAUUUUCUUUCUUAUGAUAGUUUCCCACUUACAAAGCCUUAUCGAGGUUUUAUUCUAAAUUAUACUUGAUCCUUUUGGUUUAUCUUCCUGAAAGUCCUUCUUUUCUACAUUUAUCAUUCCUCAUAAAAUUAGUUUCCUUUUGUUUUAAUCACCUCUAAUAGGCAAAGCGUUAGGUGAGUUACUUCAUCCUUUCAUAGUAAUUUGUGCCAGUUGGUCAUUCUGAUCACUGGUGGUCACACAUUAUUUCUAAUGCUCCCUAGUCUUAAAUUAUUUCCAUACACUGUGGGUGUCAUACAAUAAGAAAAAUAAGUGGGGUAGAAAAAUACAUGGCCAUGUCAAGAAAUAUGGAUAAAGGAAAAAUCACUUAAAAAAAUUGAUGUAUUGGGCUGGAGCAAUAGCACAGCAGGUAGGGCGUUUGCCUUGCACUCGGCUGACCCGGGUUCACUUCCCAGCAUCCCAUAUGGUCCCCUGAGCACUGCCAGGGGUAAUUCCUGAAUGCAGAGCCAGGAAUAAUCCCUGUACAUCGGCGGAUGUGACCCAAAAAGAAAAAAAAAUGAUGUAUCACUUGGGAAAUACUAUUGUCAUUUGUGCUACGAUCAUUUUGGUCCUGGAUGAAAUGGAAUUUGCUCCUAGAAUUAGCUAAAACGUGUUUUGAAAAUAAUGUGGGGAAUUUUCCAGAUUUCUAAAAAAUUAAAUUAACAACAAAAAGCUUUUUAUGAUUUGCCGAUUACUUCUGGGCAGUUAGUAAUUCUGGGUAGGAUGUUUUCAACAAAUAAAUAAUGUUUUUAUAACUUUUAUGGUGAAGAGCCCAUUUCUAAUCUGCUAAACUGCUUUAAUAGCUUUAAUUACCAUAAUUUUAAAUUUUUCAGUAUCUUUUCUAAAUACAUGCACCAGAAAAAAUAGUUACUAUAUUUUAGUUCCAUUUGUGAUUAAAAGAAUAGAAUAAUUAUAAGAAUAGAAUAAUUCAAUAAAACUAAUGAGAAAAGCAAGAUAAAAAAUAUCACAGGAUAUUUAUGAAAUCAUUUCUAUGUGAGAUUAGGAAUUCAGAUGUCACAAAUAAAAGAUAUGUAA